AUGGAUGUGUCGCGUUCUUUAAAAAAGGCUUUGAAGACUCCAUGUACUUAUUGUAAAGAUCUUGGUGCUGGCUUACCGUGUUUUCAUUCUGAUUGUGAGGCUGUUUAUCAUCUUCCCUGUGCUCAUCAAAUCGAUUGUUCGUUUCAUCCUGAUCGCGGAAUGUACUGCCCAUUACAUUGUAGCAGUGCUAACCAUAUUUUUCAUCUUGAAAGUCUGGCUGUUGAAAGAAAAGUUUAUAUCUCUCGAGAUGAACAUUCACAAGUGGAAAGAAUUAUUUCGGAUGAAGACUAUUUGGGUGCGAUUCAAAAUACCAAAGAACCUAGAGUGAAACUACGUAUUGGAACAUUAGUAUUGCAUAGAAUAGGACAGUUGCUACCUGAACAGUUGGCUAGUGGCUUUUUCCAUACAACUAAUCAUAUAUAUCCUGUUGGAUAUUGGAGCACUCGUUUCUAUUGGUCAUUUCGUCAUGUGGGUCGGCGUUGUCGUUAUGAUUGUCGAAUCGAAGAUGUAAUACAGUCUGAUGAUAAAGAUCAGUCGCACGUAAAGUCUAUUUUAAUCAAGUUUACUGUUGAGGUAAUAGAACCAAAUGAAGAGAAUAUCUGCUUUGAAGACUCAACAUGUGACGGUGUUUGGCAAAAAAUAUUAAGUCGUAUAAACUUAUCUCGGAAACGUACGUCUUCACUCCUUCGAAUUUUACAGAGCAAUAUACAUGGCGAGGUGUUAUUUGGUCUAACAGAACCCCACAUUAUUCGUGCUAUUGAGUCUUUACCCGGUGUUGAUCGUUUGAGCAAUUACCUUUUCAAAUUCGGUAAACUACAGUUAAUCCAAGAGAUGCCUUUGGCGAUAAAUCCUACCGGCUGUGCUCGAUCUGAACCGAAACUUCGUACGUACGUUAGGAGAAAACCUGCUGGAGAAAUAAACAGCUGUCCUUGGAUGGCUUACAAUCAUGUUAUUCUUGAGUCUCCCGGUCAUUCCUAUAGUUUAGAUGUUGGAAGCCCUACCCACUUAAAUUCCCAAUCUUCAAACACAACUAGUAAGUCACAACAGUAUCGGCGAUUACGACGAGAGUGGAAAACAAAUGUCGUCUUAGCGCGAUCACGUAUUCAAGGAUUGGGAUUGUACGCUGCUCGUGAUAUAAACAAAAGCACAUUCAUCAUUGAGUAUCUAGGAGAGAUUAUUCGUAAUGAAGUUGCUAAUCGUCGUGAGCGUUUAUAUGAGUCACAAAACCGAGAUGCAACUAUGUGUGGGGGGUUAGCUCGCUAUAUCAAUCAUUCUUGUGAUCCAAACUGCACUGCAGAGAUACUCAACUGUGAUAAUUCUAAUCAUAUAGUGAUAAUUGCCAAUAAAAAUAUUGAGAAAGGAGAUGAACUGACCUAUGACUACAAAUUUGACUUAGAAGAAGAUCGCUGGGAUCGAAUUCCAUGUCUAUGUGGUUCAGCUAACUGUCGAAAAUGGAUGAACUAA